UCGGCACUGAAGAGAGGUGGCCACGUUCUUGUUCAUGGAUACCGUUAUACGAGAGAGGUUCUGUGUUCAUCUUUACGCCAGUGUAUAAGGUCGUUGAUCUAACCGAAACAAGUAGAUUCCGUGUUGUUUAUACCGCCGUCGUCACAAGUUACCAUCCGACAGCAUUUAGCGGUAUAAAAGAUAUUUGAAUAAUAGUUCCAACUGAUGUCACAAUAAAACCACAAUCAAAGUUGCGAUAGCAUGCGCUACCAUGAGUGGUGUAGAAGCCAUACCAGUCGGAGCUUUAGCGGGGGCCGCGUCCAACGUAGCCUGGUUCCUUCCCGUACUAGUGGCGGCAAUAGCUUACUUCCACUAUGAAGUCAACGAUCCCGAGUCCAGAAUCAUCGAUCAGCCGGGAGAACUGCUGCUGGAAGAGUACGACUUCAUCAUAGUCGGCGCCGGUUCAGCGGGCGCCGUACUAGCUAACAGAUUGACCGAAGUCGAAGAUUGGAACGUACUGUUGAUAGAAGCCGGCGGAGAUGAAACCGAGCUGUCCGACGUGCCUCUGUUGGCCGCUUACUUACAACUCAGUCAGCUCGACUGGCAGUAUAAGGCCGAACCCCAGGACACUGCAUGCUUAGCAAUGCAAAAUAAACGCUGUAACUGGCCUAGGGGUAAAGUCCUGGGUGGUUCUAGUGUGCUGAACUACAUGAUGUACGUUCGUGGCAACCGAAUGGACUAUGACAAUUGGCUGAACCAAGGCAACCCUGGAUGGGGUUACGACGACGUGUUGUACUACUUUAAAAAAUCAGAGGACAACCGAAACCCGUACUUGGCACGCACUCCAUACCACUCAAUCGGAGGAUACCUGACUGUUUCCGAGGCACCGUACAAGACACCACUGUCCGAUGCGUUUGUCGAAGCCGGCCUUGAGAUGGGCUAUGACAUACGAGACAUUAAUGGCGAGCGUCAAACGGGUUUCAUGAUACCUCAAGGCACUAUCAGAAGGGGAGCGCGCUGCAGCACAGCCAAAGCUUUCUUGAGACCUGCUCGACUCAGAAAGAACCUGCACGUGUCAAUCAAUUCACAAGCUACCCGUGUAGCUAUCAAUCCGGACACGAAAAUUGCUUACGGCGUCGAACUGGUCAAAGACAAGACUCGGUACUUUGUCAGGGCGACUAAAGAGGUGAUACUUUCGGCCGGAUCGAUAAGCUCUGCUCAUUUACUGAUGCUCUCCGGAGUCGGCCCUAAAGAUCAAUUAAUGAAAUUCGGUAUACCCGUUCUGGCCGAUUUAAACGUCGGCAAAAACCUUCAAGAUCACAUCGGGUUAGGAGGACUAGCGUUUGUGAUCAACCAGCAUGUCUCGUUGAUCCAAGAAAGAGUGGAAAACGUCCAGACCGUCUUGAACUAUGCGACGAUGGGCGACGGACCUCUGACGGUCAUGGGCGGUGUCGAAGGGUUGGCCUUUAUCAACACCAAGUUCAACAACAAAUCGUUUGACCAACCGGACAUUGAAUUGCACUUUGUGUCCGGUUCCACUAAUUCUGACGGUGGUGUUCAAUUGUGGAAAGCUCACGGUCUUAGAGAAGAUUUCUACAAAUCUGUGUACGAGCCCAUUAACAACAAAGACGUUUGGUCCGCCAUUCCUAUGUUGUUGAGGCCGAAAAGUCGAGGUGAGAUUUUGCUGAGGAGUAAAAAUCCUUUCGACUAUCCGAGGAUCCUGCCCAACUACUUGACGGAACGGGACGACGUCGACAGGCUGGUCGAGGGAGUGAAGUUUGUGGUGGCCAUGAGCCACACCACGGCUUUCCAAAAAUACGGCAGCCGCCUUCACAACAUACCGUUUCCGGGUUGCGUGGGCGUUCCGAUUCACACGGAUUCCUAUUGGGAGUGCAUGGUCCGGCAUUACACGGUGACCAUUUACCAUCCGGUGGGCACCGCCAAGAUGGGGCCGAAAUGGGACAGGACCGCCGUCGUAGACCCUAAGCUCAGAGUGUACGGGAUAAAAGGUCUCAGAGUAGCUGACGGAUCGAUCAUGCCCACGUUGGUCAGCGCCAACACGAACGCGCCAAUCAUCAUGAUAGCCGAAAAAGCAGCGGACAUGAUCAAAGAACAGUGGUUAAACUAAAAGUGAAAAAAAAAAAAACCACUGAACUCGAUAUAAUAUCGAAAGCGUAUUCAGAUUGAAAAAUGUCCCCAGCCGGGAGGCGGCCAUUUUGUGCACAAAUUUCGUAGAAAGUAAAAAUGUUACGUCACUUUUCCAUGAUACAAUGUUGGGUUAGGUGAUGAUAAUCUUAUAAUGAUAACUCCGUCAUAUAUUGUUUGAUAAAUCGUAGAAAAAAAACAAUAAAUGUCAUGGACAAAACAAUGACUGUCCACAAAAUGGCAGCCGAAUAUAUGUAGGAAAUACGCGUUCCAUAUUAUAUUGUGUUCGGUGAAAAAACACAUAACACUUGUUUGUUCUUUAACCGCCGACAUUUUUGUGAUAUAAAGUAUUUAUUCUGUA